AUGGCUGUUGCCGACAGAAUCCUGUCAACUGAUGCUUCACGAGACCCGAAUUUCACUAAGUUUGCCUUCAGCCCAUUCCUCCAAAAAACAUUCGGUUUCGGCCUCGCCUCAGAUGUCCCUGUUUGCAAGGCAUACCGGGAAGGACACUGCCCUCUCGGACCCGUGUGCCCGGACCGUCAUCCAACGCCAUCUCGUAUUUCAACUGCUACCUCGCCCGCUGUUGCCCCGUCGUCUACACAUGGGAGUCUCGUGUGCAAACAUUACCUGAAAGGACUCUGCAAGAAGGGUAUCAAAUGCGAGUAUCUACACGAAUACAACCUACGCCGCAUGCCAGAAUGUCAAUCUUUUUCUCGAAGUGGCUAUUGUGCCAACGGCGAUGACUGUUUAUAUCAACACGUUCCUGAAGAAGCCAAAUUACCGCCGUGCGAGCAUUAUGACAAAGGAUUUUGCCCGUUGGGGCCCAUUUGUGCGAAAAAACAUGUGCGGAGGAAACUAUGCCCCUUUUACCUCGCUGGUUUCUGCCCUGAUGGCAGGGGCUGCGAAAAAGCACACCCAAGGUGGCCAGAUAGCUUGCCAAAGCCUACUGUGAGGGUAGAAAAAUCUGCGGAGGAAAUAGAGAUCGAAAAGGCUAGAAUCAGAGAAGAGCAGGAGAAAGAGGAAGAAAGGGAAAGGGAAUGGAGAAGGGAGAAUCGGGGUCGCGGAGGGCGGUUCAUGGGCGGGAGAUUUCGCGGAAAGAGAUAA